CUAUCUUCAACACGGGAUUUUAGCUAAGCAUAACAGCCAUCUUAUUUGGUCUCAACGGAUGAAGAAAGGAACUAUUAUUCACAUGAAAGAGUUCGUUCGUACUUUCAUCCAAAAUCGAAUGAUCAUCGUUAUCAUUGAAUUAGAUAUUUUACUUGAGCUGUAUGAUCAAAUUGGAGAACCAAAGCAUUAUCUCAAAACUGAUGUUAGUACUGAGUUGUGUAGGCAAGCAAUGGUGCCUCAAUUGCCCCGGGUUGAUAUGGAGAAAGAAGCACUUGUGACUUGUGAUAUCUUGCGGACUCAAGAUGAGGAAAACCCGGCAAGAAAGAAGAGUAAGAUGAGUACCACAGUGGCUACAUCACCAGCAUUCGAGGUGAGAGUUCUUGACGGUUCUGCGUCUGAGCGAGCAGAUACACAUGCCACCACCUCGGCUGGGCCUACAUCUUCCAUCCCUUCCACAGGCGCGGGCACAUCUACUGCACCUUCUACAGUUCGAGUUACCUCCGGGGCUACACCUGUUCUGUCAAAGGUUGGGAUUCUGAAACUUGGUCAACUAGCUGCUUCCACUGAUGCUAGGGUGGUCGGCCUUGAGAAGAGCAUCCCUGAGAUGAUCAGAAUGGCCUUGGCUCCACUUAGCACAUCAUUGAGUGCGGUGCAACAGAAGCAACAAGCCCAUGAGGCCGCACUGGUUCUUUUGACUGAUCGAGUUGCUAGGUUGGAGGAGCGUGGGGGUGCUAGUGACUUGACCUCUAUUCGGGCGGGCGUGACAAAGCUCCAGAGAGAGGUGUAGCACUUGAUAUCUGCGGAGAUUGAUUUCUUGAUAGCUGACCCACCUCAGGAGGAGGUACCGAAUCAGCAUGACGAUAGGGACCCCGUCAUAGAGGAGAGGAGAUAGGGCAUCGGUGAGACCCCUGAGGACUCUGAAAAGGGUGAUGAUGAUGAUGAUGAUGAGACCGAUGAAGAGGGCAAGUAUUUAAUAAUGUGUAGAAGCAUCAACACUAGUACAAAAAAAGCCUUUAGUGGCAAGUAUUUAAUAGCAAUUAGCUAAUUGCAGCUAAUGUAUUAUCUAAACUCAAAUAUCACCGGCAGUUCAGUUUUUGCCAGUAAUAAGUAUUUUUUAGGCGCAAUUUAAAUGAAUAGCCAGGGAAAGCUAAUACUGAAGUCAAUCUUUAUUACUUGCAAUUCCCUCCAAUUUAUUUUCACUGCUAAUUAAAUUCGCUCCAUCAUCGCUAGUUCACAGUCGCUAGUGUUGCUGAAAGGUUAGUUUUUUAUUUAUAUAAUUUCCUAUAAAAUCUUUCCGUCUA